AAUGUCUGUGUGUUACAAGUUAGAACUCCGCACGCUUGUGCGAGACAGAGACUGACAUAUUGAUAGAGUGAGCAGUAUUCGCUGCAGCCUGCCACUGUCUUUGGCGUCGGAUUGACAUCUGCGCCUUGCUGACAGUCAGUGUCCCUGAACGUUAACUACUGUCACCGCCGACCUUCCAAAAUCCCAAAAGGAAUUCAGGAUAAAAUCUCCACUGAACAGAAGUUUUAAAAUAGCUAACUCACUUCCAUAUGGGAGGUUACAGUUUAAGUCCAUUAAAGGGAGCAGAUUAAAAGGAAAAGAUGAUGAACCAGAAGGAUAGGCUGACAGUAUGAGAGCAGGCGUUUAUGAAACAUAAUUACGAAUAUAGAACAGUUUAUCUGGGAGAGUUGAUAAUGUAAUCACACUGGGCUGGUGAUCAACAGCCACAGACUAUGGAGCCAGGAUAUUAGAUUGAAUCCUGGCGUGGGAAGUGGUUAGAGGCUAUUGCGAUGCAGUGGUAGUGUCCCUACCUAUGAACUAGGACAUCCGGGUUCGUGGCCCACAUUUUCCAGGGGUGUGUAAGAUCUCUGAGCAGGUUGAUUGGAAAAAAUCGACCCCGGAAAACUCAACGGGCUUGUGUGGCAUAGUGGUAGUGUCUCUCCCUGUGAGCCAGGAGAUCUCGGUUCAAGUCUCAUUCUAUAACAACAUCUCAUGAGCAAGUUGAUUCGAAAAUAUCUAGGCUAGUUGGGCUGAAUGGCCUGUUUAGGUGCUGCUGUGAGAAACAGAGCUCACUCUCAAAUCAAUCAGCCUGAGACAAAGCCUUGAAAACGAGAACAAUUUAUUACAGGCUUGCAAGCACCGGACGCUUCUGCAAUCAAACAGAAAUGCGCGCAUAAACAGAGCAUGAAGAACGGAAUGAAAUACACAAGUACACGGGGUGGAUUGACCGGCGUGAACUUUGAGCAGGUCCUUUUCUCUGGCUAUGCCCCAGAUGGUGGCCUUUUCAUGCCUGAAGAAAUCCCAAGCCUUGACACGGCCAUCCUGCAGACGUGGAGCACUUACAGUUACCCCCGGCUGGUCGAGGAGAUUUGCUCACUGUUCAUUUCCAGAGAUGAUUUGCCGAGGGAAGACUUAAGGGAUCUGAUUAGCCAGGCCUUCAUGAGAUUCCGACACCAGGACGUUGUGAAAUUAGCCAAACUGAAAAAUGAAUUGUAUGUGUUGGAGCUGUGGCAUGGUGUGACCUUCGCUUUUAAGGACCUCGCAAUGUCAUGUGUGGGACAAUUACUCCAGUACUUCCUAAGAAAGAAACAGAAGCAUGUCACUAUUCUAGUCGGGACAUCAGGAGACACCGGCAGCUCAGCCAUAGAGAGCAUCCGAGGAAUGGAGAACAUGGAUAUCAUUGUGUUGCUUCCACGUGGCCGCUGCAGCCCGAUCCAGGAGCUGCAGAUGACAACGGUUAUUGAGGACAACGUUCACGUUUUUGCAGUUGAUGGCACAAGUGAUGAGCUGGACGAACCAAUCCGGAAUGUGUUUGCUGACCCUGAGUUUGUGAAGAGACACAACAUAAUGAGCUUAAACUCCAUCAACUGGGCCCGCAUCAUGGUGCAGAUUGCGCACUAUUUCUACGCUUACUUCCAGUGUAGCCCGUCAAUGCAGAACAUUCCCCUUCCUUUGGUAGAGGUUGUUGUACCAACCGGAGCAGCGGGUAACAUCACAGCUGGAAGUAUCGCUCAGAUGAUGGGUCUCCCAAUUCGAUUAGUUGCAGUGGUCAAUGAAAAUGACAUCAUACACAGAACCAUUCAGAACGGUGACUUCUCCUUGGCUGAUUCAAUUAAAGCUUCCUUAGCGCCAUCCAUUGAUAUCCAGGAACCCUAUAACAUGGAGAGAAUAUUUUGGUUGUUGUCUGACAAGGAUAGCACCUUGAUCAAAACACUGAUGGAGGAAUUCCAGAAACUGGGCAAAGCUAACGUGCCAGAUAUCUUGUCCACAAAGCUGUCACAAACAUUUGAUUCAUACACCGUGAACGAUGACUAUGUGAUUGUGACAAUGCUCCGUUGUUGGAAGGAGAAUGAGUAUUUGCUUUGUCCUCACUCUGCUGUCGCUGUCGCGUACCACUAUCAAGAAAUGGACCUGGACACCAGGAGCGUUCCCAGAUGUUGCCUAGCAACUGCUGCUGCUGCUAAGUUUCCGGAGGCCGUGCUGAAGGCUGGACUAACUCCGGAGAUUCCACCCGAAAUCCGUGCUUUGGAGACCAUGGAUACACGGUGUACGGCAGUGAAGAGAGGAGAAGACUGGGAAAAGAUCCUCUACCAUAAAAUCGAGGAAGUUAAUAUGCGCAGAAAAACAUGAAUACCUUACCAGAACAUGUCAAUGUCGUUGGUUUCACCAAAGUAGAUACUUCGAUAGUGGAAGGUCACAUUUUCUAAUUCUACAUGGAUGUGUUUAGAGAUUCCUGUCCAAAUCUCAAGGAUGUUCCAAAUCUCAUGAGACCUGCUGUUGAUAUGAGAUUGGGUUCAGAUGAAUUAACUUACCGUCUUCAUCAGCUCAGCUUCUUCCCUGCUCAUUUGUUCUAGACAGUACAUGAGUUAAUUGUCUUUUUUGUCAGGGAGUUAGUUAUUACUGAAUCAAUACUGACUGACAUUGAGGUUGUCAAUCAGAGAAAACCUCCAGAGCCAGAAUGGCAGCAUAUGGCAGUGCUACAGGAUGCUGUCAGUCUGGGUCUAUCCCUGUCCUAGUCACUUCCUUCUCUCUAGUCCAUAUGACCUAUCUCUGGGCAGAGUCUGGUUCAGGACUGGAGGGGUUGUCCUGAGCUGCUAACUACAUUGUGUUUCUCUUUUUUUGCAAUUUGCCAUUUUUUCACCUUCAAAACACCUCAUCUUCCUAGUCUUCUUCAAUCCUGAUUUUCUCUUAGAAAUGUUGAAAUCUCCUCUCUUUGUCUCUCUCAGCACCUUAUUAAGGGUUCAUUGAGUCUCUUUAUAAGCAGUAAAAACAACUGGUCCCUCCUGCCCCAUGGUGCAUCCAUUGGAGACUACAUCUUGACAAUUAUUUUCAAUGUCGAAAAGUGUGGCGCUGGAAAAGCACAGCAGGUCAGGCAGUAUCAGAGGAACAGGAGAGUUGACAUUUCCACA